AUCCUUCCACUUCGAAACAUCCACAAUCCACAGCACAACAACAAAAAGAGUGACAAUGAUUUCUACAUCCUCAUCUUUGAGCUACUCAGCCCAUUUCGUUGGCCCGAAGUUCAUCAACAUCAGCGGCCAUCGCUCGUCCCCAAACUCCGUCAAGUUCCGUGCGCCUCCUAUCUCCGCCGCAUGUGCAUCGACGGCCGAGAGGACCGGGUCCCACACUACAUCAACGGCCUCGCUUUAUGAGGUUCUUGGGAUUCAAAUGGGUGCCACGUGUCAGGAGAUCAAGACCGCCUACAGAAGGCUGGCGAGAGUGGUGCACCCUGACGUGGUAUCUAACGGUCAAAGGGGUCAGACUUCAGGGUGCGAGUUCAUGAAGGUUCAUGAAGCGUACUCCACGCUCUCAGAUCCGGAGAGACGCGCCGACUACGAUCGCGUGCUUUACAGUAGGCGGCGGAUGAUGAGUUAUUCCGUGGCAAUGUCGACGCGUACGAGUACGAUGGGUUCAGGAUUUGCUGGACAUACACGGCGGAAAUGGGAGACGGAUCAAUGCUGGUAGCCAGAAAAUUAAGCAGGAAGACUCAUUAGGACAUAUUACUCAUCAAAUUACAGAUCGACUUUGAUCUUAAUUAGAAGUUAAAGCAUUGAGGGUAUUUUAGGUAGCUUGUACCGUUAAGUCUGUUACCCAGCGGUAAUAUUUUGUACAAAUGUAAACAGGCGCCUUUUUAACAGCCUGAAAUUGAAUGAAAAAUUUGCAUUUUCCUUUUUA